GUAGUUUUAUCCCUCUUUCUGGCUUUACAUUCAAGCGCUGCGGUCUUCCUUGCUCGGAGUCGUGCGCGUGAGGGGGGCGUGUCCGUUUGUAGGGCUUGUUCGAAUUGCAGCUUCCGCUCUCUGGCGUCACACAUGUAGCGCAACAUGGCCCCCUCCAGCCGGGCGAUUGUUGUGGUAGCGCUCUCAGUCGUGUACCUGAGUCGGGCAAUCUUCUCCUCCGAGUAUUUCUCCACGCUGACUUUGUUCAACAACGAGCUCCACAAGCAGGGAUGUAGCUCGCUGUCCGAGUGGGAAGAGUACGCGGCGGACUGCGGUAAAGUAUCUGUUCUCGCUGUUAGUUUGCCACGUCCUCCUCAGAUCAGCUGUCAGUGUGUGACCCCGGAUAGCUGCGCUGUCCACAGCUAAACGGACAAGCAGUCAAAUGUUUUCUACUGCGGUUCCCCAAAAGAACGAGUGUAAAUCGAGCUGAUUUUGUUGCUGUUUCCUAGUUUGACGGCAGCAUCACAGCCUAGGUGAUCAGCACAGUUUCACAGUUAUCUGUAUGCUACUCUUAAUUUCAUUGUGCUUUCAUUUCACAACAUACUUACUGAACAAAACCACAUUAAAAACCAAAAUGAACUGCCAACAAGGCUUUGGGUUUGUACUUCCACCGGACCACUUUCAUAAAAAAUAUUGAUAUAUUUUUUGCAUAUUAUGUCUUAUAUUUGAUGAUAUGUCCCUGUAAGGAGGGCUCCCUCUCAUGUGCACGUGGGAUGCAAAAGCCAAGGCAGGGAGAACAGCAGCAAAUCAAAAACAGUAUAAAACGGAAGAGGACACUAUGUAGCUGCAGAGUGGCCAGAAGAUAUGAGCCUGCAAAGUGUGGGCCUGCCUGGACUAGCACUACCCUCAAUUUAAUUCCUGACCAACUUAGCUUUUCUUGAAGCAACUUUUAGCUCACAUAGGAUCACGGUCCGUGUUUUUCCGUCCAUUAAAUUAUUCCAUCUAAUCUUGUAAACGAAAAAAGAAGAAAUGAGUCAAUAUUUUGUUUAUUUAUUUUCUAUAUAACAAAAAAAAAAGAUUAGUGUUUGUUUACGUAUUUUCAGCUCAAAUUAGAAUAUAUAAUAGAGAUGAAAACGAAAACUAAAUAAUAAAUCUUAUUUGCAAUAAUUGAUUUUGAGUGUGCCUGUUUUGAGCAUACGUGCAUGGAGGCUACAUUGGCCUUCCCAUGAUCCUCAGCGGUAGUUACCAUGGCGAAAGAGCAGUUCAAGCGCCAAAAUCUUACGUUAUGACAAAGCUCUGGUUGUCAUUUUUUCUACAGUCAUGUCAUCCUCCUUCAGCGUGACCCUCCUGGUGUCCAUCUCCAUGACAACGGGUUAUCCUUUCUCUACCGCUCUGGCCUGGAGUUUUUGGUCCACGUUGUUGGCUACUUUGUUGCGUAAUGCGCGUGUGCGAACAAUGGGGACAUCAAUAACCCGAGAACGAAAAGUAGAUUUAUUAUUUUGCUUUCGUUUCCAUCUCUAUUAUAUAUUAUGUUUUGAACUGAAAAUACGAAAACAAACACUGAUCUUUUAUUUUGUGGUUAUAUCGAAAAAAAAAUAAAAAGAAAAUUUAUUUUGUUUUUUCAUUUUUCAUUUACUAGAUUGAAUAGAAUAAUUGAAUUGACGAAUAAUACACAAACCUAUCACUUUAUCAUACAUUGAUUUGCUGGUGGUGAUGCAUGUCCUUUUUGGACUUCCGUAGACAAUAGCGUGCCCCACCUUGUAUUUUGUUUGAGUAGACAAUGACAGAGUAAACUGGUUGUACAGGUUGAUACACUACUAAGAUUUGCUCCUGUUGUUCCAAUGCAUGUGUGGAGAUAGUUAGAGUGAUUUUUUUAAGGCACCAGAAUCAGUGUUCCGUUGUUUUAGUCCAAGUGUAACCCGAGGUCGGACCUUUCCUCUUCCUAUAUUUCUAAGCCUUCAGGUGGUCUGGCUGCAGGUUCAGUUAAAUCCCUCUCAGUGAGUGUUGAGCCAGCUACUGCGGCUAUCAAAGUCGGCUUUGUGUGGCAAUGCUGUAAAUCUUUUAUAAAUCAGUCCACGUUGAUUCUUUAUACCAUUCUUCUCACAUAAUUAAAUGCAAAGCCCUUUGACCUGGCUAAAUUUAAAAUAUGUCAAAAUUUGAAAGGAGUUUGGUGUGUGGAAAACUGUGUAGCGUCUGUGCUUACAUGACUCGUAGACCUGGAAUCCAGUACGAGUGGUUUCAGAUCUGCCUGACAUGUCAGACAUUUUUCCUUUGGAGUUAAAGGCAAUGAAGUUACUAAAGUUUUAAGCCAACAAAGUGCAUCCAAAGUGGUCUGAAACUCUUUCUCUAAUGAUUUUAUUCUGAAUAUUUGUCUCUUUAGAGUCCUCGAUCUUACAGCUGGAUGACCCGGACUGUGAGGAGGGCAGCAAUCCACCCUGCGAGUCAGUAUUCUCACUCAAUGCAGAGAAGAUCCUGGUAAGAUCAGAAGAGCACGCCCACGCACACAUAGACCCACACCCUUUAUCUGAUCUGAAAAAAAAAGGACAGUCUGUAGCAGGCCAUGGAGAAAAAAAAAAAGCAGAUUCUUGUAGCUACUGAUAAUUUCACCUCAAAGUAACAGAAGACAAGAUUACCGUAAAGUAUGAAAACACAAAGUGCUGUAAUUACUCAUAUGGGCAUGAGCUGUUUUUGUGUUUCAAGGUUCUCUUGAAUAAAAAUGUGCUGGUGUCAGAGCCUCAGACCACACUCACUUUUAGGUGUGGCUGCACGUGUUACUACACUCAAUGACACCUCCUCAUUUCUGCUGUAAAUAGAUCUUAAUACCAGAAUCAGUUCCCCGUGUUAUGAACCGUUUAUUGCGCAAACUUUUGCACUUUUUGUAAGGAGGAUGCUGCCUCUCUUUGAGACGUACAGCUGCGACUCAUAUUUGUGCUGUCACUUUCUGACUGGCUGUUUUACAAACCCCGAGUGCAUCCAUGGCGUUGUUUGCAUGCUGUUAAAUUUGCAUCUUGUAAUGAUGUUUGCAGUAUGCCCCCUGCUUCUCUUCAUUUGGGAUUAUACAGGAAAUACAUUGAGACACAGAGAGAAGGAGAGAACACUUCAGAUAGAAGACGCUGAGUGUUUCUCACCAUGCAGGACUCUGCUUUGCAUUGAUAAGAGUUCUUGAUGUUUGAGAGGAUGUUUUCUCUCUUCUAAGUGACCUUGAAAGCUUGUUCAAACUCUUUUUAACCCACCAGUGUCUUAAAGAGAUUUAACAAACUCUUUCUUCUGCUUUGUGUGCAUACUCUCUUUAUUCUCCAAAUGAUCUCUUAUUAAAACACCAGUUUUCACACAGGAAACCAAACAUGUAGUUUCCUGUGUGACAGUGGCGCUGCUUCUACAUGUUAUUUGUGUUCUUGUGUUGUUCAUGUUUCCACAGAAUCAGGCUAAGUUGUUUAUAGAGCAGAAGAAAAUCCCCUUCCCUGUAGAAAACCACAACAUAAACGAAGAACUGGGUGAGUUUGCAUGUGGAUCAAAUUCAGACCCUUUUCAGGCUGAACAGUUUGAUAUAAAAUCAAUGAUUGCUUUUUCUGUCUUUGCAGCUAUUGGCUAUGUUCUGAUAGCCAACGGUCUUUAUGAUGAAGCCAUCAAACAUUUCUCACUAUUAUUACAGGUAUAGUUGCAACUGAAAAACCACAUAUUACACGACUGCAGCAUUUUAAACGUAUAUCCUCACACACAUAUUAAUCACCACUGGAGUAAACAGUUGGUGGAGUCUUACAAAAUUUGCACAGUUUUGGGUCAUAAGCUGAAUCCACUCCCUAUUCUAAAUACUUCCAAAACUAUCCCAAACCAGUCCUCUAAUCCUGACAUGUUCUGUCGUGAUUAAAGGGUGAUCCUGAGCUGGUCAGCGCCAUCUACGGGAGAGGGAUCGCUUAUGGGAAGAAAAGUUUACAGGUGAGUAAAAGAUGUGAGAUAGGCCUCUAGUUCCUUUAAAGGGAUAGAUGUAUAUAUCUAUAUUAAUAUACAUAAAUCUGCAUUGGUGGUAACUUAAUUUAUUAAAACAUGAGAUAUUGAUUUCUUGCUCAAAUUAAACAAAUGAUAUACAGUGAGUUCACAGCUGAGAUCCGUAGCAGCAACAGACUGUCAGUGAACUGACAUGAAACAGAAAUUUCAGGAUUUUUGUAAAUGCUAAUACAACAUUAAAGCUCCUGUCUCGGUACUUUUAUACUUUCAAACUUUUCUUAAAACUGUUUUCAGUCUUUUUUAGUGUCUUACUAUCAACCCUAAGUAUCUUAUACUUCAUAAUGAAAGCAUGGUUUUACGAUGGCAGAAAUAAAGCGACCUAAAUGCAAAGCAGACAAAUAUAUAGACCUCUGAUAUUUAUGAACACAUAUGUUGCUUUACCUUUCUUUUGUCUUUUCUCGAUUGUACUUCACGAGUGGUUUUAAAAUCCAAAUUUCCAUGAAUAUCAGGACAAUAUUGCUAUCCUGAUAUUUUAUGGCCACAAUAAACAUGAGGUCAAAAUCUGAUAUUAUGGCUUCUCUUCUCUUCCUCUCUCUCUCUCUCUCUCUCGCUCUCACUGUCUCGCUAUUUCUCUCUUUUUCUGUAGAUAAUAUACUUAGUUUUCUGUAGAUAAUAUACUUAUCAUGCAUGAAGCACUCGCCAGUAGUAAGGGCCUGAUAUACUGAAGUUUGCAUGUGUAAAAACCUCUUCAAACUGACACCAUCUGCAGAAAAAUGAGCCAGGACUGGAGAAGGAUUUGCCAGAAUGAUAUGCAGUAUGGGGCGUAUCCUCCUUUGUGUAACUGCGUUUCAAUGUAACAGUUUUUAAAAGAAAGUGCUGAUCCAGGAGCCCAGAGGAGGAGACAGAAUUAUAGACACGAAUCAGUCUGAUUUAAGGUCAUUUUCAUCAGCUGUUUGAGGGUUUUCUUUAUUUCCAGUCAAUAAUAUUUAACAAAGAAAAACACCAACAUCUAUUGUGGCCUUUAUUUGUAGCUUUUGAAUAUUUUCUUACUUCCUUUAUUAGAUUUUUACCUGCAGUGCUUUUCCUCUUUGCACCUCUCCUCCUGGUGUGUUGUGCUUUUCUUGUUAAUCAUUAAUAGCCACUACAGGUCCUUAAGAAAACACUGUCAUAAAGCUAUCACUAAAGCAAAGCUACCACUACUGCCUUGUAUCUAAGCGUGGAGGUAGAAAUGUUGCCUGAGUGUUUGUUUUUUUUAUCGACAGACAGAGAGAAGGGCUAUUACAAAAUAAUGUCCCCUGAAAUGAACAUUUUUUAACUUCCUAAAUGAAAAUCAGCAUUUGAAAUCUGACACAACAACAAUAUAUCGACCGUCAGCUUCACUUCACUUCACUUCAACUUAAUUAUGUCCCAAAAAUGGGCAAAUCAGGUUGCAGCAGGCUAAGACAUUUAAAACACUGCCAUACAUCAUAAAAAUAAAUAAAUAAAAUAAAAUACAUCUACAUAAAAAAACAGUUCAGGAGGUAAAAAGUAUUAAAGAUGAUUUAGAAGGUAAAAAGAAAAGCAUAUGUCAGUCUGACUGUUGAAAAAACGAUAUCGGUCAACCUCUACAUCUCGAAUUCAGGGUGUGCUUUAUCUGCAGCAAAGGUCUAAAACUUAUUAAAAGCAGAUGACUCAGACCUUAUAAGUUUUUGUUAAUGCUGCACUGUGAAUGUUUAAGUAUCAACGGCCUGCCUUUAUUUGUAUUAAAAGUUUCCUUUAUUUGAGGUCAAAAUUCCCCCACAGCUGAUUUCAAAAGCCUCGCCUCACCUUACAUUACCUUUCUCAAGACCACACUGGUAUCUGGCAGCACAGUGAGUUGUGCUUUUUUUGAUGCCUUUGGUCCUAUUUGAAAAAAAUGAAAUAAAUAAGGAGCCUGCAGGAUUUUGGUGACAGCAGCAGUUUCAGGUAAACACAGAAUGACUCAGUGUGGCGUCUAUUGAAUACUAAUCCGGUCUGCUUGGACUCUGUGGUUAUCACAGCAGUGUGCCCUCCAGAAAACAGGCUGAAGGACGGUCUAACUCUUUCACGUGCCUUUGCUGUUCAUUCUUUUGGCUUUAAAUGAAGGUUUAUGUCAGCUAAAGCUAACAGCCUCUUGUUUCAGGACAUAAAGAAUGCUGACUUGGCGUUGUACGAGCUCAACAGAGUCAUCACCCUCGAGCCGAACUGGCCGGAGGUCUACGAGCAGAGAGCAGAGGUGAGCCUGACCCGCUACACAGCCGUUUAUUACUAUAAGUGUAUUGUUAUCAUCUUGUUUCCACUUUUUGACCUUACAUCCCACAAUCAAUCUCACCAACACAUCAUAGAAGGACAUUUUCACGCCCUCGUCUUUGUCCUAAAUGUGAUUUUGUCCAGACUUUUUCUUCGUAAAAAUCUCACAAUGCAUCAGGACAAGCUGAUGUGUGAAUAGACAGGUCAAAGUCAGGACCAUUCACCACAUCUGCUGUUUAUCAGUGUAAUUUGCUGUCAUUCAUAAAUGCACCCGUGUUUCUUUAGAUCCUGUCUCCUCUGGGUCGUAUCAGUGAAGCUCUGGCUGAUCUCACCAAAGCCAUCCAGCUGCAGCCCUCAGCGCGUCUCUACAGGCACAGAGGAACGCUGCUCUUCAUUUCAGAGGUUUGAUCUGUGAAGAUAUUCUGUUUGUGAAUCUGUAAGUGUAUGUCUUUAUUCUGAUCCUGUGCUUGUUUUCCUCCGUCAGGACUAUGUGGCAGCUAUGGAGGACUUCCAGCAGUCUUUAGAGCUGAAGAAGAAUCAGCCCAUCGCCAUGUUAUAUAAAGGCCUCACCUUCUUCCACAGAGGGAUGCUCAAGGUAAACGCCCUGACGGCUCGUUUUAAGGGAAAUAUUGUGCUGGUCCAAAUAUAAGAGUGCCAUCUUUGUUUUUCGCAUUCUGGCUGCUCCCCCAACUUUCUCCAUGAGCGACAUCUGUUGAGCUUUUUUGAGCGCACUGUUAGAGAGGAGGACAAAAAUGCAGAAGUUACCGUGUAUAUGGCUCUAAAUGAGAACAAUCAGAGAGAAAGGGAGGAGAUACAAAAACCGCUCUAAUCUUUAAUGCCCACUUUAUGACUCCACAUGCUUUAAUAACACAAGCGGCGGAUGAAUCAUCAGCUGCAAACAAAAGUUUCAUGUUUCCUGAUGUUGAUCUGAGUGUAAAUCGUUGUUUUGUUUCUUAUCUUAUCAGGAAGCCAUUGAGACAUUUAAAGAGGCUCUGAAGUUGAAGGCAGAUUUCAUAGAUGCCUAUAAAAGUCUCGGACAGGCCUACAGGUAAAGCCCGCUCUGUGCUCCUCAUAGUUUGGUUCAACAUUGAAUACAGUUUCUGUUUUUAAGGAAAUAAGAGAUUUACAUUUCCCCUUUGCCUCACCAAACAUGAGCUCACUCUUGGUGUUUUGCUCUUCCUCUUUUCAGGGAGCUGGGUGAUUUUGAGUCAGCAAUGGAGAGCUUCCAGAAAGCCCUCAUGCUGAACCAGAACCACAUCCAGUCUCUACAGCUCCGAGGCAUGAUGCUGUACCACCACGGCUCCCUACAAGAGGCUAUAGGCAACUUUAAGGUGGGAAGAGUCCACUUUAAGUUGGAUAUAUUUCCUCUAAUGAGAAAAUAUACCAUUGUAUCUCCAGCCUUCAACACAAAGUUUUCUGUUUGGUCUCCCUUCCUCCAGAGGUGUCUACAGUUGGAGCCGUACAACGAGGUGUGUCAGUACAUGAAGGGGUUAAGUCACGUGGCGAUGGGCCAGUUCUACGAGGGGAUCAAGGCUCAGACUAAAGUCAUGUUAAAUGACCCGCUGCUGGGACAGAAAGCCAGCUCAGAAUACCUCAAAGUGAAAUACCUCAGAGGUUGGUUCACCCGGCAUGUCCAUACAGCAGGGGGCGCAACAUCAUCCAGUCUUGAUUCUUCCUGAUCUGACCCUCCUGGUUUUUUUACCCCUCUAGAGUACUCUCGCUACCUGCACUCUCACCUCGACAUCCCAGUAGCAGAGUACAACGUGGACCAGGACCUACCAGGGAACUUUAAAAACCACUGGGCCAAGAACUUGCCGUUUUUGAUAGAGGACUACGAAGAACAGCCGGGCCUGCAGCCACAUAUUAAGUGAGUCUGGUUGUUUAGUUAAAUCUGAUUAAACCCUUCGAUUACAACCACAAUCUGUCAGGAUUUACUGUUUUUGGCCUUCAUACGUGUCGGACUGUGUCUGUUUUUCUGGUUUUAUUUGAGUGUUUAAUGUGCUACUACUUCAAUCAGAUCUAUCAUGUGGUUGAUUGAAGGGACCUGUCAUGAACAUGUGGACUAGAAGGUUUUAUUGUUUCUCAGGUGGAUGUUAACCAAACCUGUCAGCAGGCACAAACUUGCUUCCUCUGUGUAAUAAAGAUGUGACAGGUUCCCACAAUGCAGUCCAAAAAACAUAAAACUGAAACCUCAUAAAAGAUAAUGAAUAUGUGUGCUUGUGUUUCUGGUUUUUAGGGACGUGCUGCCGCAGAACUUUGAAAGCUACAGCAAUGAAGUCCAGAAGUUAAUAUGCACAGCUGACCACUUAGGGGCGCUAAUGCAGUACGACACUCCUGGAUUCCUACCAAACAGAAGAAUACACAGAGGUACGGCUCACAAACACACCCUGAUAGUAAAUGACACGUGUGAUUCGUUCCGCUAAUUCUGUUUCUGCACUCUCCCAGCCAUGGGGUUAGCCACCCUGGAGGUGAUGCAGGCGAUGCAUCGAACGUGGAGCAACUCUAAAGUGCGAGUCAACGGCAAGACCAGACAAAUGCAGUGGAGAGACAUGUUUGAUAUAGCAGUUAAAUGGAGAAGGUGAGGAUUGAAAACCAGCUGAAACGAGUUUGGGGUGUAAGAUAUUUUACUCUAGUUUUAGUCAAUAAACGUCGUUUCAUUUAAAAACUUGAAGUCAAAGUCAAGUAGGACCUGGACCAGCCCUCGGGAUGUUUUUGCUACCUCGUUUUAGCCAUUAUACAUCAUACAUCUCAAGAUGAUAAUAACCCCCCCCCCCCAAAAAAAAAAAAAAAAAAAAAAAAAAAAACUAUUUUACCUAAGUUGUCACUCUGACAUGUUAAAUUUAUAGAAGCAUAGAGAAUCAUGAAACACAGUUGAAGGUUGUUGACUCUUAAUUAUUCAAAUUUCAUCCACAAAAUUAACAAAAAUGCAAUAAAAUCAAUGUCUGCUGGAUAGAAUCUCUGGUAAAAUUUUAUUUUAUAGUCAAAAUUUGUAAAUAUGAAACUACUGCGUACAGUGUUAGUCCUGCAGAAAUCAUAAAGGUUAUUAAGUUCCAACGCAGCCUUAGCUCUUACUGUGCACUGGUUGUGUGCAUCGGUUUGUUUAAUUUAAACAUUGAAGAACAUUUAAUUUAAAGCAUUUUUUAUUCACAUCGAGGUAAGUUGGUUCUUCACCUAAGACAGCAGUAGAAGUUAAACACUUGAUCAUAGUGUCAGAUUUAAGUAGCAGACACAGAGAGUGACAUUUUUAAGAUUCAAAGGUCAUCAAGACCUCAAGUGAAAGCUCACAAGUUCUCAAUACGCUAAACGAAUUACAUCUCAUGGUUUGACUGUAGCUUCAGUUUAACAAAUGAGGUGAACUUUUCAGCUUUCCUUCAUCCUUAGCCAACCAAAGUUUUGAAUUGUCAGACUGAAAAGGUUUCUUUUGUCCUUCAGGAUCGCAGAUCCAGACCAGCCAGUCCUGUGGUUAGACCAGAUGCCCGCCAGAAGUCUUAGUCGAGGCUUCAACAACCACAUCAAUCUCAUCAGGUAACAGCUCCACCCUCCACUGUUUGGUGCUCUAAAUCUAAUCCUUGAGCCUCCUAAAUCUCCUUGCUUCCUUCUCAAUGCUCGGGGUUUUCUCAAAAACAUUUGUUCAUGUUCUUUGAAACUCGACCCAGUUGACUGAGAUUUUUAAUCCAGCGCAGCCUCGGCUCUGACAAACCCACUUAGAGUGUUUUGUCUUCAAAGCUGCAGAAGAAGUUGAUUUUGAAAGUGUAUGAAAAUCCUUCUGAUCUUUGUGUGUUUCUUCAGGGGACAGAUUAUCAACAUCAGAUACCUGGCCUACUUUGACAACAUCCUGGACUUCAUUAAAGACAGAAUACUGGUGUAUCAUGGGUGAAUAUGCACUGAAACUUGUUCACUUCCUGUCUUCAUAUCAUAGGAUUGUGCACUGUCUCUGCUUCUCUCUCUAUCAUCAAUUCACUGACAAAAUCACACUUGGAUGAGGCUCCUAAUUGUUCCUAAACGCUAACACAAAUGAGCCUAACCUUCGCCCUCUAAUAACUGUUUUAUCAUGGUUGGCAUCUGCUCAUCUUCACAAAAUUAUCUGACAGCAGUCAUGUUUUUCUGCCAUCAAAGCAGACUUACAUAAAUCAUCUUUUCCUCCAGUCUUGAAUCAUUUUGCAUCAACAUGUUGGGUGACUCAUGCAAAAAUGAAUAAAUAUUUAUCUGCUGUUUUUUUUUUUUGCGGCAUCUUUGACUCACUGUGUUUUGUUUGUGUCUCAGGGCGUAUAACCCCAGAGGACUCCUGGAGGUCCGACAGGCUCUUGAAAAUGUGAAUAAAGUAGAAGAUCUGCUUCCUAUAAUGAAGGUAAGGACGAAAAAGGGAAAGUUGGUGUGGAGAAAAUAAAACAGAGAUAAGUGAACUGACCUAAGUACAAAAUAAUUGCAGGUUGUAAAUGCCAUCAGAUUGAUUUUAGAUUAAAAUUAUGUAGCAGUAUUUUUCUAAGACCCAGACCUUUGAAUUAUCAGACUUGAGAAAUAGAGUUUCUCUAACAUGUUUUAGCCUGGUUCAGUUCAAAUCUCUGAAACAGCCUUGUUGCUUAUGUCCCAGAGACAUGUGAUUUUAAAUAUGGUGUUCCUCAGGGAAGCAUUCUUGAGCCUUUUUUAUUUUCACUGCUCAUGAUUUUACUUUAAAAUACCACCACAUCAGUUAUCAUUUUUAUGCUGACGACACUCAACUGUAUCUGUCUGCCUUAAAACACGAUCUGAGUGCACUUCAAUCUCCUCUGUCCUGUCUGACAGACAUCAGUGUUGCAAAAACUUUUGGAAACUACACAAGGCAAAGACUGAGAUUUUUUGAUUAGGAACCAAAGCAGCCAGAGAAAAAUAUUGGGAGGUUUUAAACAAGCAAAUAAAAACUGUUGUUACAAACUCAGGGGCGGUUUUAGAUCUGUACUUCAUGUUGUCAUCCGAGAAAAAUAUUUAUCCCAGAAAAAUGCAGAAAUUUUGAUUCAUACUUUUAUGACCAGUCACAAUGAUUGCUGCGACUCCCUUAUCACUUGUCUCCCAAAAAGGUCUCAAAAAACUCCAGCUCAUUCAGGACCAAGUUUGAACCCACAAAAAGAAAAUUAACUCCCGUUUUUAAAAUUCUGCAGUGCCUCCCUGUUUCUUCUAGAACUGUUUUUAAAGCUCUUCACAGCCUCGCUCCUCUAUAUGUUACAGAUCGUAACUCUCUUUUUAUCCUACAGCUCGGUCACUCAGGUCCUUAUAUACUUUUUUUAAAAUGUUCAGUCGGCUCCCUGAAACUCUCUCACUGUUUUUUUUCAAAGGAAUCUUAAGUCCUAUCUUUAAUUUAGCUUUCAACUCAGAGUUAUGGCAGUUUGGGUCAGAAUUUUAAUGGAUUGUACAACAGAUGUUUUGCACCAAUUUCGUUUAAAUUAUUUUAAUUGGUUGUUAUGAGUUCUAUUUGUCUUACUGAUAUUACUCUAUUGAUUGAUAAUUAUUUCCCCUUAUUUUUUCUUCUUUGAAUCCAUAUUCACCUUUUUUUUUACCUAAAAUCUUUAAUUGUUUUAAAUCCUGCUGUCAGUCUCUUUUUACCUUCCCUUUGUUGUGGAGCUCUUUGGGCUGUGUGCUGUUCUGUGUAAAAGGUGCUAUAUAAAUAAAGUUAAGUUGAGUUCUUUAACAUCAUAGUAGCGUAAAAGCCACUUAUACGAUACCUACGACUCUGUGUGAUUUUCUUGCUGUGAACAUCAGGAUUUUUAACCUCAGUUCCCUCACUAUAAUCAUUUAAAUACUUUUUUCUCUGAACGUGUUGAUUUUAUUUGUAUAUUAUUUUGAAGGAAAUUUCAGGGACUUAUCAAUUUCUCAUCCUGCAGCACAACAAUGACACAUCCAUAAUCAUAAAGACAUGAAAGAGAGACUGAAACGACUUUAUCUAGUGUAAAUAUGACAAAGUCCUCUAGAGUUUAAAAUAAUCUUGUUUCUCUGUGAAUAAUUGAUGUCACUUCAGCAGUAAAAACCAGGUUUGCUGGUUUCUUUGUUUCCGUGUUUGUUUUCUGAAGCAGUUCAACAGUAAAACCAGAGAUGGCUUCACGGUCAACUCCAAGGUGCCAAGCAUGAAGGAUGCUGGGAAAGAGUACGACGGUUUCACCAUCACUAUCACAGGAGACAGGUACAGCUUAUAGUCAUGUGAUGCACUAUCUGGCUUUGAUCCUUUGUUAUCCAAAGCAAAUUUGAAGAGCAGAUAUAUGGUGUGUCUGAUUGUUUUUCUGUUUUUCAGGGUGGGGAACAUGCUAUUCUCAGUGGAAACACAGACGACAGAGGAGCGCACGCAGCAGUACCAGUCAGAGAUAGAGUCCAUUUACAAAGACCUCACAGCCAAAGGGAAAGCUUUAAUGCUCUCCACUGAACUCGGGGUGAGAUUUAUGUCUGUGUUUGACUAGAAAGUCCAAUUGUCAGACUGCACGGCUGCAUAUAGAAGAAGUAACAGCAUGUCUCAGCAUUAGACUCUGUCAUCAACAUCCCGUCUUCUCGCUCCUUGUAUCAGUCCUGGAAAAGUCACAGAUUUAACUUUUCUAGACAGUCAAUCUAUGAAAGGAAUCUAUCAACUCUCAGGAGAAUAUGACAAAUAUUUGGUGGAACGAUCAGCUUUCAGGAUGUAUUUUCCAGCUGUUGCCUCCCAGAGAAAUUGACUCUGAUGGUUCAGCUUUAAAUACGUGUUAACCUGAUUUUUAGUGAUGGUUUGGAAGAAUUAUUCACCGAAUGGAUGCUAAAACUCUUUUAUGUUGUUUUUUAGGAUGCAGAUGCUGUCUGUAACCUUAUCCUGUCCUUGGUGUAUUACUUCUGCAACCUCAUGCCACUCUCCAGAGGAUCAAGGUAACGUCUCUCAGAGCGACCUGGAGGCACCAGUCGUUGACGCUUCAGUGUGAUAAUAACUAAGUGUCACACUGAUGCUCAGAUAGGUUGAGUGACAGUCAGAUGAACAUAAUUAUUGCAGUUUUUGAGGCAGAUCGCCCUUAGCAAAGUCAUUAAAAUGUCCUACAUGGGACGGUUCACAGGAUAAUGAGGAUUAGGUGGGUAUAUCUAUGGCGUGUGAACUUCUGAGGGGUAAAACCUGUUAGUUUACAAGUUUGCUCUGCUCCUCCUCAGUGUGGUGGCGUAUUCAGUGGUGAUGGGGGCGCUGAUGGCCAGUGGGAAGGAAGUCGUCGGUAGGAUCCCCAAAGGAAAGGUAAACCUUAUUUCAGCUCCUUUGCUCUCCCUGUCUCCAUCUCUCUGACACUCUCUGACUCUGUCUUUCUCGCUCAUGUCUGUGGUGAUAAAAGGUCCUGACCAAUCCAACUCAGGUCAUUUUUCAUUGACUCAAGUCUAGCCCUCCAAUACUCCAAAUCACUAGCUCAGGGCCUUUGCUUUUAUUUCAUUGUUUAGCACCUCCAAUCGACCAGACAUCCCCCUCCCCAGUUUCCAGGGGAUUCCUGAACCAUUACCAGGCCAAGUCAGUUACAGGUUCAGUCUGGGGUCAGUAACUUGAGUAACUCAAAUGUGAAGAAAAGAGGAGGUGUGUGUUACAUAAGAACCAGCCAUCGGUGCUGCUGAGGGACUCAAAUAUGAAACAAGAAUCACUUAUUCCAACCUUUUGAGGAUAUUUGGAUGAAACUCCAGCCUGUGUGGGACCUGCCAAACGGACAUAUUUUUCCUGUAACAACUUCACCUCUGACGGGAACAGAGCAGUACAGAAAACAGAUCAAGACUUGGAAAGCUGAGGUCUGUGGGAAUUCAGCUUAUUGACGAACUGGGAACUUGGUUGAUUUUGUUCAUAAUGACACUAAGGAAUGUCCUGAUAAAUAACAUUUGAUGGGUUGUCCCGCCCUUGUGGUUUAGUCAGUCACAGAUGAUCCUCUUGUUCUAUCUUGUCUUUUGUUUGUGGUGUGAAGUUACCUUAAUGUUCGAGAACACAGCCUCAGAUACAUCAUUGCUAUUAGAGAACUACUUUUGAAUCAUGGUUUAUGUCCUCUAUACUGCAUAAGGCGCAGCCCCACCCUUAGACACAAAGUGCAUAUUAUCUGUCAGUCUGUUCCUUUGUGAAGCAUUUAAUAAUAAUGUAGCUGUGCAUCCUGCAUGAUGAGUGUUAAUUCGUCAAGCCAAACAGGUCACAAACUGUCAUGUUACUUUGUUACAGCUGGUGGAUUUUGAAGCCAUGACCACACCCAGUCCAGACAGCUUCAGUAAAACAGCGAAAAGUUGGAUGAAUCUGAAAAGGUAGGAGGAGAAAAGUCCUUUAAUUUGUUCUUGUUUGUCUGUGUUUCACAGAGAUGUUUACCUGAUAUUUUUCUGUCAUUGACAGUCUGCCGAGUUGGUACCAGAGUCUUCCUUCUGUAGCAGAAACCUUUCCGUCAUCAAGAACAAUGAUAGAGGUCCUCAACACAGACUCGUCCUCACACUGUCCAAAGAAGUCCUAACAUGACUUCAGCACAGGGGGGGAGGGAGUCUGUUUAAUAAAAGUCUUAAUAAUGGAGCUUCUGCACCGGGCUGAACAAAGGGACUGUCUGCUUCUGCAACCCAAAUGAAAUCGGACCGAGUUCUCUGGUAGUAUUUUUAGUUUGACGGACAACUGCGUAAAUUUAAAGAGGGAGAGUUGAAGUCUGGAGAGCAGGUGGUCUCUCCUCAUUUAAAUCAAAUCAUGGCCAUUAUGUAAUUUGCAAAAACGCAACCUGAUCUAAUUUUGGCAGCAUAACACCUCUAAAUUUUUUACUAUGUUCUCUGUCAUCUUCCCUGGCAUACCCCCCUACUCAGGACUCUAACCUUUUUCAGUCCUUUUCCACUCUUUCACCACUUUGACUCUUAAAUUUUGAGUGCAAAUGCCACAAAUUGUCACAAAACAGCAUGAUUGGCUUUGAAACACUAGCUGUCAUCUUGUAUUUGUAAGCAUGUUAGGGCCUGUGUCCACUGACGGCAUUUAUUCACACUGGCAGUGUAUACUUUAUAAGAAAAGCAAUGCAGGGCAGCAUUUUCACAGCUCAACCCUCAACAUCAAAGGUGUUCUGGUCGCUGCUCUGUAAGAUGACUCGAAUACAAAGUUGCAGAUGGUGCCACCACACACACACACACAAAAAAUGUUCUGAAUGGACACAGGCCCUAAAUGUACACUCCAAAGAUAGACUCCUUCCAAUUUGUGUUUCUUGUAAUAUGUAGUAACAGAUGCAAAAUAAUCUGUUGCUUAUGCAAGCUGAAAUCCAGCACAAAAUAUCAAAGUCUUACCUCCAACCUUGUUUGUUUUAUUCUUUUCACACUUGACCUGUUUUGGGAAGAUAACAGAGACCUUUGGCGCAACAGUUUGGGAUGCACAAAUGAUUUUUAGGCCUCAAAUUGAAACACUCAAAGCACAAAGACCAUCCCAUGAGUCGUCAGCAUCAACAGUUCUAUGCUGCUCAGUCAUAGUGAACAUUUAGAUUUGGAUUAUUUUGAAUUGGAUCUUAAUUUCGAAGAAAUCAGGAUUAUAAUUGGCACUUUAACUUGAUUUUUAAGCACCACUGAAGACACACACUCACAGAUGCAGAGUCCAGCCUAUCAGCAGAGAAGAAGUUUUGGGAUUAUGAAACUAUGAAACAAAAACUUUCAGGGCUUUUGAAUUCCACUUCUUGGGAUACUUGAAGCAGUCUCUUGUAUUUUGUUUUUUAACCGGACAAAGUGUCUCUUCUCUUUUCGGGUAUUUAAACCCCUGCUUUUCUUUUAAUGUGACCAAUAAAGGGUUGGUUUUAAGAUGGGUUGGCUGCUGAGCUUAGAGGAAAACAACAGUCAGAGAUUUGAGAGAAUGUUCAGAGUAAGAUUAGUAUUUUGGACAAAAUAAAAAGGAGGAUUAAGUAUUUCAUGACCUCGUCUUUGCAGUGUAUUUUGAUCUCAACAAGCAGAAAAACACACAAGAUUGUCAGAAUUAGGAGAUAAAGUAAAUAGAUAUACAGUAAAUACCUGCAGGUUUUAUGGCUUGAAAUCCAAGGUUUUCAGAUAUUUGAUAGACAAUCUUUUAUAUUUUCUACAUUUGGAUUUUGUUUUUAUUUUGUAUUUAAAAUAAUGAAUUUCGGGCAGAACUUUUCUAAUCAAAUUGAAGCUGAAAAAUCUGAAUAUUCUCUCAAGUCUCUGACUGCUGUAAUCAGUAAAAGGUGGGGGGAAAAGCACACCACUUACAUUUCUAUUUUCUCUGUCAUCAUUCCUUUACUUUUCAUUCUUCACACUUUCUGACCUUAAAGAUGAAAUUUGUCCUGACCAAUAACAGCUCAGGAUUAGAGCUCACAUCCUUAGUUUUAACCAUAAAGCACUCCUGUAAGGGAUGAUAUGUGAUUAUUGCGAUCAGAGUGAUGAUGUUUACAUGCAGCCACCUUUUGGAAAAGCUGCUGCUCGUGUUUUUUCCUUGGUAAUAAAAAUGUUGUUUUAAGCACAAAGAAAAGAAAAGAAGAAGCUCACCUGAAAUGAUCUUGAAGUAUUCAGUCUUAGAAAUAAAUUUCAAAAACGAGUUCAGAUUCGGGUCCUUCAUUGCUCAUUAAUCCUACAACAGUUCUUGAAUUGAAAAAAACAUUUCCACAAAAUAAAAGCAAAAUGGUUCAGUUAAAGACAUAUCUUUAUCCCUUUGUUAACAGUCUUAUUCUGUUUCACUUUGUCUUUUUUUCUUUCAUAUCAAAGAUUGUGCCAACGGGUUGUAAUUUUCUUUCUUUCUUUUUUUUUGCACUGGGUGAUCUAGUCUUAAAGUGCUUUGUUGGGCUGUAGAACAGGGAGUGCACAACCUAUCUUAGAGCUUCAAACUUGAAGGAGGGAAUGUUUUAUUGAGUGAGUGAACGAAUGUUAAGCAGUCAAUAAAACUGGUUGACGAUUUUAACUGCC